UGAAAUAUUAUUGAAACUGUGUUGAUACAACUCGACUUCGGCACUGAAUCAUAACGCGAGUCAGACAUUAUGAUGUUCUGGAUCUUUGCUGGAGGAAAUCUUCUCUAACUGGACCCCUUUGAAUUUUAAUUGACUACUCCUGCUCUAAGCUAAGUCCCAUGUAAUGAAUAGCAUCUCCAAGUCAAGUCUUGUUAAUUGUCAAGCAGAAGCGUCAUCUUAACUGAAAUGAGGAAGAUGUGCUAUAAAGUGGUGCAAUAGUGUGGUGUAUUAUAUAGUGGCGAAAUUACAAUAUUACAUCAGAAUAUCAAGAGAAAUGUUGAAACUUACCAAGUUAAACUGAGAUUGUAGGGAGGAGUUUUGACCUGAAAAGUGCUGAGAAAGGGAAGGAACUGAGACAAAGACAUGCAAUAACUCUGCACUUGCACUUCAUCGUUUGACAAUCGUUGACACUAUGACAAUGAUCUACAUUUACACCUGCCUUUUCUCUGGUAAGUUAUUUCUUUGUGUGAAGAGAUUUAUUCCAAAAACAACUUAUCUGCUGUCUCAAAACAGCAAACUAGUAACAUCACUGAUGACUUUUCUCACCUCUCUUUUUUUUUUUCCUUCCUUAUUUCAACUAGCUCUGACUAUUGCGGAGAUGAAGCCUCUCAACAUAAACGCAGAUGUUGGGGAAAAUGUGACAUUCACAUGUUCAGACUGGGAUGUUUGGCUGACUGAUGUAAAAUCUUACGUUAAGUACCUUUGUGAAAGUCCAUGUACAAAGGAAAAACACGUCAUCGUCAAAGCAGCACCUGGAGAAGCUAAACAAAAGGACAGAAUAUAUGUGAACAACACAGCAGAGGGUUUAUCUGUGACCUUUAUUUCUCUCCAAACGUCAGACUCCAACACGUACGUUUGUGGACUGGAGAAAUUCGGCCUUGAUUCAUUAAUUAAGGUGAACCUUCACGUCUUCAAUGCUAUGCUUACAGGUUCCAGGACGAAUCCUAAAUCAGUCAUCUUCGGUUGUGCUUUCUCAUUUGCUGCUGUCUUGGUGAUGGGACUUAUUGCACUAAUAUUCUGCAAAAGAAGAACUGCGUCAUCACGCUCGACCACCGAGAUAAACACAGUCAUAGAUGUCAGUGCUGAGAGUGCAAGUCAUGCAGGAAUCUAUGAAACACUCCACCCAUCCACGAAGGAUCAAGAACAAAUCUACUGCACUGCCACAGAAUGCUAUUCCACAGUCAAAACAUCAACAUAUGAACCAAGUCAACAUGGAAGCAAUCUGUAGCACUGUCACAACAAGCAAACACACUGUUAACCUUAAAUACACACGCAUGCACGCACACAGUAAUAUUAUACAUAUACAAUGACAGUUUUAAAGUUCACAAGUUUUUAUUUGCUUUAUUAGGCAUUUGAAUUACAAUAUAGAGAUGUUCUGAGCCAUAUUAGGGGAUAUAUUAAAUGGAUGGUAAAUAGGCUGCACUUACAUAGAGCCUUUUACACUACAAGCCACAUUCACCCGUUCACACACAGAAUGCACACAUUCAUACACUGAUUGCAGAAGCUGCUAUGCAAGAUGCCAACCUGCUCAUCAGGAGGAUCUAAUCAUUCACACACACCGACGGCACAGCCAUCGGCAGCAAUUAGGGGAUCAGUGUCUUGCCCGAGGAUUCUUUGACAGGUGGACUGGAGGUGACAGGGAUUGAACCGCCGAUCUUCUGAUUAGUGGACGACCUGCUCUACCUCUUGAGCCACAGCCUCCCUAUAUUAAAGGAUUGGUAUCGACUAAAGUAAAGAUAUGUCUCAGAUGAAACUUGGUAUCAGCAGAUACACAAUACUAAAGGACUUGACAGGAUAUCCCAAUUUAGGGCAGAAACUAUAAAUGUGUUCUCUAAAGUUGGUGCUUCUUUACUUGCUUUCACACUUUAUUUACAUGUGGUCAAGUACAUUUUCUGUUGUGCCAUUGCUACUGUUUUAAAAUAUCAGUUUGAUGCUUUGCAUAUCUGUAUUAGGGAUGUACAGAGACCCCAGUAUUUGUAUUUGUAUUUGUUAA